AUGAUGCCAUACGGCACCGAUGCCCGCAAAACACUUCAACGUGUCACAUCGCAUACGGCUGCCCAGGCAAAGGCCACGAAGUGGAUGUGUGCACUCCUUCUGUCAAAGGCCGAGAUCGACGGUGCCCUCGAGCCCGAUUUGAUGCUGGUCAGUUCGCGGUUGAGUGCUCUGGAAAAGGGUUCAGCAUGGCGAACUGCUGCGGGCGCAUUCGGAAUCCUUCAAACCGAGAUUGGGCUGCGGCCAGGAGCUUUUGCGCUCAAUUCUGUAUUGAGUGCCUUCGCGAAUACAGCUGCAUGGACUCGCUCUCUUGGUCUCGUAGCCAAAUGGCGAGAUCUUGCGGAUCUCGUCAGUUGCAACGCAGUCCUGACUGCCUUGAGCAGGUGCUCGCGAUGGGCAGCCCUGAGCAUGGAGAGCUGGCAGCAUCACCAUCUUGGAGCUUCGCAAGCCUCCUUGGACGGCCUGCUUCGCUGCAACAACGUGGCUGCGGCAGCAUGUAGCAAAGGAGGCCGCUGGGAGACGACACUAUUCAUCAUCUCAACAUUGGGCAGGGAGGCUGUCAAGGCCGAUGCCGUCUCUUUGAGGACGGUCGUCAAUGCGUUUGAGAGAGGCAUGUGUUGGAGCCGGGCUGUCAGCGCAAUACGCUGCGAGAGGAUCGGAGUGGCAGGAAUCAACUCUGCGAUCUCAGCAUGCAGGAAUGCACAGGCAUGGAUGCAGUCACUGCAGCUGACAAACGAGAUCUGGCAUUGCAACCUGCGCCCUACACUGGUGUCGUGGGCCGCAGUGGCGGGAGCUUGCCAUGGAAUCUGGGCUACCUGCUGCCGCCUGCUGCGGCAGGCCGGGGGAGCUUCUGAUGUGUCGGUGGGAACGGCAUCUGAGGCAUGUUCCGCCGGUGGAAAGUGGAGGAUGGCAUUGGCGCUGCUCGUGGAGAGCCGGAUCCUGACGCUGGAGUUAGAUGCGAUGACAUGGGAUGGCCUGCUGUCGGCUUUGUCUGCUCGUGGGCUCUGGGGUCAGGCGCUUGCAGUUCUGGAGCCGGGGCUGAGCCCGGUGGCCUUUGAAGCCUUCGCAAAAGGCCUGGGCCUGGACAGCCUGGGCCCGGGUCUCAAAGCGAUGCCAAAGGCCUUGUCCCUCGCCCGAGCUGCGGGCCUCGCGGGCCUCGCGGGCCUGGCGCGACGAGUACGAUGA